UGCGCGGGCACGCUGUAUGUAGCAGAGUCCGUGCGUCAGCCUAACGCAACGUAUACAAGCAUCUACUCUAGCGCGAAAUGGACAGUGGUGAAGAAUUAACCUCUCUUCAAGGAGUCAAGUUUAGAGAAACUAUAGUGACAGAAGUCUCUAAAGUGACGCCAUUCCGACAUUUUGGUGUAUCUCCAGGUCAUCACAGUGAAACUCCGCUAGGGCCUCUCGCCCUCUUCUCCUUCGUCUCCGCCACAAGGACCGACAAGGUGCCGGACAGGGAGCAGCGGGAGCAGCUGUGGCACACGUUACAGAGUCACUUCAACACUGGCAUCUACCUCGACACCAAAGAGAAGGGAGUCCUGUUCCCCGUCAUUCAUUUCACUGAUGACCGAGACUCCCUCAAGAAACGUCUCUCGGAUGAACACGCUCUUGACAAUGAUUAUGUUCUACAUCAAGGAGUGUACAGAGAAGUGAGAAGUAUCAGACCAGAAGGCGUUGUACAGAAUGGACACGCCAGUAACCCCAAGAGUACCGCUUAUAUCGUCAUUGGGUUCAAGGGCAUGGACAAAAAUUUUAGUCAGGAGGUGAUGGUGGACUCGUGGAAGGAUUGGACGGGUGCCCGACAUAUCUAUAUGUACCUACCUGACGAAAUGGGGCUCAGCAAGAUCAGCUUCUACCACAGAGAGGCUCCUCACAGCCUCAACAUGUUCCUGUACGUGGUGUUGGUAGAAUGUUGUAACGUCUCCAACGUAGAGCGGCAGGUAACACUUGGCACCAAGAUGAGACUUCUGGACUUUACCCAAAGACUCCGGGCCGAGAGGAUGACGGGCUACAUAUCAGUGUACGGGGUGACACCUGCUGACUGAUGGAUUGCUGGAUAUCCAGGUAAAUAAUCGAUUUUGCCGUUAUGUAGUUUUGUACAUGCACGCAAAGACUCCGGGCCGAGAGGAUGACGGGCUACAUAUCAGUGUACGGGGUGACACCUGCUGACUGAUGGAUUGCUGGAUAUCCAGGUGCAGUUGAGGAUCAAAGGUUUUCUCGAUAGCGAAGUUAUGAAGAACGUUUGCAGAAACAUCUGGAACAGUCUGUCAGAUAUGUUACCCGUCUCUGACCAUGGAAUUUGUAUAAGAUUCAUAUAAAAGAAUAUUUAAUAUUAUGCUAAUUUUUCAAUAAUUCUUUGUUUAUUCUUAUUUUGGAGCGAAAACAUUUUUUUACUUAGAUUAAUUCUUGUAAUUUGUAAACUCAAACAUUCCAUUUUACUGUUUAUUAAGUUAACAUUAUGGUUUUUUUUAUUGUUUGACAUGUUUGUAAGAAAUUGUAAGGUGUCAUAACCAGAAGGAUUUAGUGAUUCAAUUAAAGCAAUUGCAACAGUUGGAAACAAGUAGUAUACAUAUAUGGGUUAAGAAACUGUUGACGAAAGAUUUAAAUAGGAAGCACAAUAUAAUGGUCUGGUUAGUUGUAUAGCUAGGAAAUUAAUUUAUGUAAAGAGGUAACUAUAUUGGUAACACUUAUUCAACAAUUUUACUUUUACCUCUAAGAGAAGUCUACUUUAAUUUUAUGUACAAAAAUUCGUGUUGUAGUUCUAGUUCAAAGAAACCUGAUAUAACAAUAUAUAAUAAUGGUUUUUGUUAUUAAUGAGCAUAAGUCUUGCCUCAAUUACUGUCUAUGUCUGUUAAAUGUAUUUACACAUUAAAACUUCAAUAACAAAAUAAAAUAUUUUCAUGUAAUAUUUGUAAUAUACUAUUCUUGAAACAGUUUGUACAUAUCUGUUAAUUACUUGUAACAUAUUUAUAAUACAUUUCAGUACUGUGGUGUUUUAUUAUAAAAAUUUAAGUGCUAUAUUAAAUUAACAUACCACUGUAAAUGAGGUUUUGUUGAACAAAAAGUAUAAACAGAAUUGUGUGUUUAACUAAAUUGUUCAUCCCAUUUCACAUAAUACCAAAAAACUAAUUGUUAGUGCGUUAAAUAACAGUUGGUGAGGACAUUAUAUUUGUUUACUGUGACAAUAGCAGGUUUCCACAAAUUACCUUUGCAAUGUAAACGUCUGUUUAAAAUAAACUAACAGUUAUGUUUCAA